AUGAGCUUGGAUGUCUUUAUUCGUAAAAAACGGGAUGUCAUUAACAAGUUAGACAUAAAAGUGAUAGUAUAUUCAUUAGCUGAAGCGAUAAAAUAUGUUCAUGACAAGGGAAUAGUGCACCUGGACAUCCAACCGGGAAACUUUGUACGCGAGGUUGGAAGUGAGAACAAGUGGAGAUUGAUCGAUUUUGAGUCAGCGAGAGUCGAUGGAGAAGAAGACGUUAGUAGCAGCACAUUAAGAUAUGCUCCGCCUGAACUAAUCAAAGCGAGCACACUGCGUACUAGUAUUAAAGCAGAUACUUCGAUGGACAUGUGGUCAUUUGGGUGUACGAUAUAUGAAUUGUUUGCCGGAAAGCCUCUGUUCAUGAGUGAUGAUGAGACUAAACGUGCAUUACUUGACACAAGUUGCAUGCAACACUUUGAAUUUCCCUCUAAAAACGUAUCGGAUGUUCAAGCACAACACGUGCUCAAGAAAUUGUUAGCCAUCAAUCCUAUAAAGAGAGCUUCAAUUGAGGAAAUUUUAAGAGGGGCAUAUUUUAAUGGUGGUGCUGAUAGUGUUCAGUUACACAAUUUGCGAGCGGGAGUCACCGAGGAGAUCAUUAACAACGCAAACCAAAAUACGAACAUUGUUGUUUCCUGCAUGCAAGAGGCUACUAAUACGUUAUUGUCGCAAUUCAGUGUGGUUCGGAAUUGUAUAUCUGAUACUACAGGUCUUGCCGAUAACAAUAGGGAAGCCCACUUCACUGGCCAUCGUGGUUACGAGUUAUAUCAUGCGGAACAGUUUCUUGUCAAGGCUGGGCCAUACCUUAAUAUCUUGGCCAAUCUCAUAGGCCUCUUUCCAGGGCUGCAAUUGGCGUAUGAUAUACCAGGCAAAGCCAAUAUGACGCUUAACUGUAGGGAAUACUUCAAAAGCGUAAGCGAGUUUAUUAGCGAAUUCAAAACGGAUGAGUCUUUUGCAAAAGAUCUGGCAGGCAAAAAUGAUCCACUCGAGCGCAUGAGAUAUGCGCAGGGUCCUGCACUGCGUGAAUUUGAAGCGUUCUUGGAUAAGAAUGAUCCUUCGCGUGAAUAUGGUGGAUUGAGUGGUAUUACCAUGAAUAAUGGACGUCGGAGAUGGGUUUGUAAUAGUUGCAAGGAAAAGGAGUUCUUAUUACGAGGAAAUCAUGAACAUUGA